AACGGCCGCGGGCCUCGGCGCUGCCAUGGAGCUGCGGCCGCUGUGCAGGCUCUGGCUGCUUUACUGCUGGUGUUGCUGCGGCGGUGGCCGCGGAGCCGAUCCCGCUGACACCUUUACCCCGACUGGACCGCGGAGCCGCGAGCAACAGGCAGCCGCCUUCCGGGAAAGUCUUAAUAGACAUCGAUACUUGAAUUCUUUUUUUCCUAGUGAAAAUUCCACUGCCAUCUAUGGAAUAAAUCAGUUUUCAUAUUUAUUUCCUGCAGAGUUUAAAGCUACUUAUUUAAGAAGCAAAACUUCCAGAUUUCCCAAAUACUCAGCGGCAGUGCAAAUGUCCAUCUCCAACGUGUCUUUGCCUUUAAGAUUUGACUGGAGAGACAAGCAAGUUGUAACGCAAGUGAGAAACCAGCAGACAUGUGGAGGAUGCUGGGCCUUCAGUGUGGUAGGUGUGGUGGAAUCAGCAUAUGCAAUAAAAGGGAAGCCUCUGGAAGAUCUGAGUGUACAGCAGGUCAUUGAUUGUUCAUAUAAUAAUUACGGCUGCAAUGGAGGGUCUACCCUCAAUGCUUUGAACUGGCUAAAUAAGACGCAAGUAAAACUGGUGAGAGAUUCAGAAUACCCAUUUAAAGCACAGAGUGGCCUGUGCCAUUAUUUUUCUGAUACACAGUCUGGAUUUUCAAUCAAAGGUUAUUCUGCUCAUGACUUCAGUGACCAAGAAGACGAAAUGGCAAAAGCACUUUUUACCUUUGGCCCUUUGGUAGGGAUAGUAGAUGCAGUGAGUUGGCAAGAUUAUCUGGGAGGCAUAAUACAGCAUCAUUGCUCUAGUGGAGAAGCAAAUCAUGCAGUUAUCAUAACUGGGUUUGAUAAAACAGGAAGUACUCCAUAUUGGAUUGUGCGGAACUCAUGGGGAAGUUCUUGGGGAGUAGAUGGCUAUGCCUAUGUUAAAAUGGGAGGUAAUAUUUGCGGUAUUGCAGAUUUUGUUUCUGCCGUGUUUGUGUGAUAUAUAGAUCAGAUCAAGAGACAACUACAAAACUGAAGGUUCAUAAUGACUUGUAGCAUGGUCAUGCUUCGUUCUCAGCAUCACUCAGCCACAAAAGGUUCUAGGGCCUAACAGUAUUUCAACUAAGUUGUAGAAUGUUCCCUUCGUAUGGAAAGCUGGACAACCAUAGUCAGUUGGAAGAACACCAGCACCAUAGCCUGGGAGGAAAUCCGUGGGAUAGUUUCCUACUCUGGGAUGAAGAUCAGAUUAGGAGAUAGUUUAGGUCUCUUCAAUUUGAAGAGGCUAUUAUCUGGGCUUGUUUGAUUAUUGUUUUUGUUUGGUUUUUUUAUUUGUUUAAUUUUAAUGUCGUACUUCAGAUAGAAUUAAAGAGGUGAUAAGAAUUUAUUUUCCUUUGUGGGAUAUAAUCACCGCUUAACUUGCCCAAGUAUACAAGAAUAGCCAACCUAAAAUGAUGUCAGCCCCUCACAAUUAUAACAUUCACAGCCCUCUGAGGUGGAAUUUCAUAAGGAUUUUGAAAUAACAAUAGCUUUACCUCAACAAAUGGUGCUUACCUCGUGAACUGUAGCGAGAUCAUGUAGUAAAGAAACAAAAGGACAAAACCAUUUUCGUAAGAGAUGGAAAUUAAAUGACCAGUAUGGCAACUAUGUGAUAACAAAAACUCAAAUAAUGUUGCCUGAGAGACAUAUUAUCGUUUGGGAAUUUUCAUUGUCAAUAGGAUUCCCAUAGACUUUAUUUCUUACUUUGUUCUCCGUAUAUUGAGAGACAAUGUAUUUUCCAACAUCUUCCAACUCUCUUUCUUACUCUUUACUAUGACACUCUUAAGUUUUCCUGGUGGUUUGACUUCCUUGGCCAAGAAGUCUCAUUACUUACUUUUCAUUUCUAUUAUAUAACCAUUGAUUUUGCUCUACGUAAGUUAUCAACAUCUAGCUUUCAUCUUUCACUUUCACCCAUCGUUUGUAGGCACUACACCUUUCAAAGUCCAAUCUCUUUAAUCUAAGGUAUCAGCUAGAAUGUGAGUUUCCCAGCCUCUCUGUUUUUCCAGUUUUCUCCUCUUCUAUUUUCUUGUGCAUCCAUUUGACUUCCACCUGGUUUCUGGUUCUUGAUGCCCAUGUUCUCUCUUGCCUAAGUCGUCAUGUGUGGCUGUGUAAGAAACUCAGAGCAUAAGAGCUCAUCUUCUGAUUGAAGACAAAUACAACCACAUUAAAUGAGUUAUUAUAAGAAAAUCAUGAAAGACUACAUAUGUAAGUAAUUUCUUCUCUAAAAUUCAUGGUUGCUUUGAAAUGUAAAAUAACUUUAACAAAAAUAUUUUAAAUGUAGCAACAACCACUAAAAAAAAAUGAAGACAUCCCAUUUUUCCACUCCCUUUGGCCUUCAUUUAUUCAUCCCCUUUAUUAGAAAAAGGGAAAUUAAAAAAUGAAACAUUAUCUAUUUUUUUCUUACACCAACCAGAACAAAUCUCAGAAGAAUGUGUGUUGACUCAGAUUUACAAAUGUUCCAGGAAGACAAACAUUGAUAUUUUAAUUGGUUAAUAUUCUAAUUAUCUAAGUAUGCCAAAGUGGACCUAUGUUUGUGUCUGUUUCCUGAUUUCUAUAUAAUGUAAAUGCUUUUCUGAUACUCUUUUUCAAAUGUUAAAGAAUUUUUAAGAUUACACCAUGAUUAAUACCUCUCAGCUGCUCUGGAUUUUGAUGACAUUUAUAAUAAAACAACCUAUAUUUGACUUUGUGGAGAGAAGAUUCUGUCCAUAGCGUAUGGCUUAUAUUUUGUGAACACUGUGUCAUUGUGCUUUGCAUUCACACAAGGGAUGGCUCCGUUCCAAAUCCAUGUAUUUAAUUUUUGGUU